AUGGGCCUUUCCAAAUCUGAUCCCAUUAUUAUCGUCGGCGCUGGGUCUUUUGGCCUUUCUGCAGCUCUUCAUCUCUCCCAAAGAGGCUACACUGACAUCUUGGUGUUUGGAAAAGAUAAUCAUGCCCCUUCGGGAGACUUGUCAAUUGUCUAUCGCACAGCCCAAGAUGCAGGCGUGCAAUUCUUUCUGGGACAACAGGUUGACGAGAUAGUAUAUGUGAGCACAUUGACCGGGAGGAAGAAUGCCGGUAUUCGCACACAGGAUGGCCGAUUCUAUCGCUCGGCUCUAGUCAUUAUUGAGGCUGGAGCUGGAGAUAGCCAAUCAAUGCCUGCAAUUGACCCUAUGCAUGACUCCCUGGCUACCCCCCUGUCGUGGUACACCAACCUCUCGCAUUCCCUCGUCGACUACGUGCCAAAAGACCCGUCGGUCAUAUUGCUUUCGGGCAACUCAGGAUACUCCGAGCAGGGCUCUAGGAUGUUUUCGCUGGUGGGAUCUUUGGUCUUGGAUCUCUUAGGAGCAACGAGUGACCAGCCAAUCGCUGUGGAGGCCCAAGAACUGUCUGAGAUUCUACCACAAAAGUUGUCUAGGCUGUGA